AUGUUCUCGGUGCUUCCAGAGACUAGCACGCCGAAUAUUCUACUCCGAAGAGCUGAGCGCCUGAGAAAGCUGACGGGAGGGUCGAGACUCAUGGCUCAGAGCAAGAUUGACCAGGCCAAGCUCUCUACACGCGAGGUUGUCGUCGACGCUCUUAUCAAGCCGAUGGAGACCACCAUCAAGGACCCCGCCAUCCUCUUCGUCAACGUCUACACCGCGAUCAUUUCUACUACUCCUUCUUCGAAGUCUUCCCCCUCGUCUACCCAGUCUACUACGGCUUCAGCCUCGGCAUCAUCGGCGUCCUCUUCACCUGCAUCCUCAUCGCCUGCCUCAUUCGCCGUCUACUCCGCAUACCUCUACUUCUACCUCAUCCCUAUCGUCAAGAACGGCCUACGCGCACAAGAGCAUAAUCUCGUUCCAGCGCUGUUCGCCUGUUUUGGUCCUACUAUCGGUCUCUUCAUCUUCGCUUGGACCGCACGACCAGACAUCACCUGGGUCGCCCCCACAAUCGGCAUCGUCCUCUACGGCGCCAGCGUCUUCGUCGUCAUGCAAUGCAUCUUCACCUACGUCCCGAUGUCGUACCCGCAGUACGCGGCGAGUUUGUUCACGGGCAACGAUUUCUUGAGGAGCGCGUCGGCGUGUGCUUCUAUCCUCUAUGCGCACCCGCUGUAUAAGGAUCUUGGUGUUGCGAGGGGGACGAGUCUUUUGGGUGGACUGAGUGUUAUUGGGAUUGUUAAAUUUAUAUUUCCGAGAUAUCAUUUAUUUGCACAAGGGACUGUAUCUUUCGCCACUGGACAAAAAUAA